AUGUACGCGCGUCCGCGUCGGGACGCGCUGCGCGCGACGACGGACAUAGAACCUUUAGACACGGCCAGAGCGUUUGAUUUCAAGUAUUUCAACAGCAUUCAGAGCGAGAUGCUCGAGUUUUUGGUGAACACGCGACGGAGCUUCGUGAUGAGCGCGCCGACGGGGAGCGGGAAAACGACGGUGUUUGAGUUGGCGAUGUUGGCGGCGUUGCGAGGACCGAACGCGACGGAGGGGGGAUUGAGCGCGGCGCGAGGGCGGAGAAAGGUGAUUUAUCUCGCGCCGAGUCGGGCUUUGGUGAGCGAAAAGGCGCGCGAAUGGCGAGAACGAUUAGGCCGGAUCGGAAUCACGUUUGCGGAGUUGACGGGAGAUAACGAUUUUGGUGGGGACGUGUGGGGGGAGAUUGAGAAUGUCGAUGCGAUUUUGGCCACGCCGGAAAAAUUCGACCGCGUGACUCGUCUGGACGCGAACCGCGGCGGGAUGUCGUUCUUCAGCGACGUCGCCGCGGUGUUGAUUGAUGAAGUGCAUCUCAUCGGUGACAUUCGUGGAGGGUGUUUGGAAGCCAUUGUUAGUCGUUUAAAGUUGCUGAGCAAGUCGUCGGCUCUAUUGCAAUCGCACUUGCGAAACGUUCGCUUUGGCGCCGUGAGUGCGACGAUUCCGAACAUUGAAAACCUCGCGAAUUGGCUCGGCGCCAAUCGCGAUGGCACGUUUGUGUUCGGUGAAGAGUUUCGACCUGUCAAGUUACAGACGUACGUGCGCAGUUUUCCGGACACAACGAGCGAUUUUUUAUUCAACAAGUAUCUCAAGCAAAAAGUGUUUGCGGUGAUUCGGGAAUUCUAUCGCGGCAAGCAGACGCUCGUGUUUUUGGGCAGUCGCAAUGACGCGCAGCAGACGGCGAAGCAGCUCGUGGUGGACUCUCGUAGACAGUUCGUAAACCCACAACUCUCCCAAUUCUUGCUCGAAGCGUCCAUGCAAGCGCAGAACAAACAUCUUGCUGAGUGUAUCACCGCCGGCGUAGCGUUUCAUCACGCCGGGCUGGAACGAGGCGAUCGCGAGUUGGUCGAGGGAUUGUUUUGCUCUCGCGCUAUUAUGGUUUUGUGCAGUACGAGCACUUUAGCUGUGGGCGUUAAUCUUCCAGCGUACUUGUGCGUCGUCGCUGGUACGGAUAUUUACGACGGUGGUGGCGCGUACAAGGAAAUAUCCAUGGACACCCUACUUCAGAUGAUCGGCCGCGCGGGGCGACCUCAAUUCGACACCGAGGGCGUGGCGGUGGUGAUGACGAAGAACUCUUUGCGAUCGCGCUACGAGGGAUUAGUUCAUGGCAAGUAUCCGCUCGAGUCAAGUCUCGGUUCAUCGCUGCCUGAGUACUUAAACGCUGAAAUAAGCUGUCGAACUGUGAACACGGUGGACGACGUCCUGGAGUGGGUGCAAAGCACGUAUUACUAUAUUCGCGUUUGCGCGGAACCAAGAAAGUACGGAAUUAAGAACGAUGAUACGGUGACAGAACACGUGAAGCGGUUAAUCAAGGCGACUUUGGAUGAGCUUAUUGCGUCAGGAAUGUGCGCCGUGGUAGGAAAUAGCGCGCUUCAACCGCUCAAAGCCGGAGACAUCAUGUCUCUUCGUUAUUUGCGCUUCAAAACGAUGAAGAACAUCAUGCGAAACGUCGCGACACCGUCGUACGCGGAUCUUUUAAGAAUGUUGUGUGAGAGUUACGAGUUCAAAGACAUCAAGCUUCGCCGAGAUGAAAGGAAGUUGUUGAAGCAGUUGAACACAGAUCAAAAGAUUAUUCGCUUUCCCGUGCAAGAGACUACUGGAAAGUCGCAAAAGUUGUCCUUAGCGAAGGUAAUUCGUACGCCGGGCGAAAAGCUGUAUCUUUUGGCGCAGUAUAUUUUAACUGACGUGGUCGAACCGAGCAUCACGCUCUCGCAUCCGUCGAUGCGAAUGGAAGGUGAUAAAGUUCUUCAGCUCGGAACUCGCAUCAUGCGCGCGGCGUCAGAGUACUAUCAAUCCACGUUGACGUUUACCGCUGCAGCGAACGCCUUUUCGCUCGCCAAAGGUCUCGACGUGCACAUGUGGCCGGACACGAAAGUGCAAAUUCGACAGCUCAAGCACUCGCGCAUGAAAAAAGUUAUCGAAAAGCUCAUUGAAGCUAGAAUUAUGACGCUCGAAGACGUUGAAGACGCAGAUCCGCGUCGCAUCGAAAUGAAGCUCGGCAAGUCGUUUCCGUUUGGCAACACCCUUCAAGGUGACGUAAAGGAUUUUCCAUCCGAGCUCAAGGUUGAAAUGACGCAUCACGCCAUGUCGAAGGAGUCCUACAGCGUCGACGUCAAGCUGUCGUUUAAGAAUACUUCUGAGAGCCGCUUGAGCACGAAUCAUCUACCGGCAAAAUAUCCGGGGAUGCUCUUCAUCGGCUCAGAGCACGACGACCGGUUGUUGUACGUUCAGCGUUUGCCGACGCGAGAGUUUGAUUUGGAUGCUAACAUGGACGCAUCCGCGAACAUCGUCUUCCACGGCCGGUUCACGUGUACGAACGUGUCGAGCGGAAACGUCCCGCUUUGUUUCGUGGCGCGUGUGAUUUUCGAACGUUGCAUCGGUCGCGACGUCGUCGAAUACCACGUUGUCAAUCGCGGCGGCGCGAGUCCGCGAACUCCGGACAAAUCAGGUGUUUCUCCCGCGAAGUCGCCCACGUCGACGACGCCCGCGUCAACGAUGAAACAAACAAAGAUUAUCGCUGACGCGCACACCAAAAAAUUCAGACUGAUGAAUUCGGACGACGAAGUUCGCCGGAAGGUGGCAUUCGAAGACUUUAAGCUGUCUAACGAAUCGUCGCCGAACUCGAGUCCGCGUGAACGCAAAGCUACGUCGCGUUCAGAAGAUGUUUGCAAUAGGUGCGGUGUCAAAGGCCAUUGGGCAAAGGACUGCUUAUAUCCCGACAAUCGACCCGAAGAGCUGCGACCAGGGCCGAAACCGACGGACAAAUGUCGUAGAUGCGGUGAGCUUGGGCACUUCGCUCGCGAUUGUUCGUUCGACGAGGACACAUGCAAAAUUUGUCAGCAGCACGGCCAUCGGGCUCGAGAUUGUCCAAGCGUGGCCGACGUCUUUGCUUCGCUUGACGACACGACAACGACGGUGAACGACGCAUCCGAUUCGGACAAGGAAGAAAACUGGGAGUUCGUCUUUGGUUGA